AUGCGCAGCUCACAUCCGUACCGAUCGAGGUACGCGCCGUUGCGGCACGAUACGCACGCAUCCACGCGCUCGAUCUCGCGUUCGUCACAGCUUGCAUGCGCCUGCGUCAGAAUGCGCUCCUACCUCGACACGGCGUACCGUGGCUUUCUCGCACUGCCACCGGAACAGCGCUACAUGAUCUACGUUGCCGUCGGCAUCAAAGCGUUGAUUCUCGGUGUGGUGAUCUACAUCGGGCCAGAAGCCAUGUUUGAUGCAACCGCAAAACUGGCCAUCUGGUUCGCAUCGCAGUCGUACGGUGCUGUGCUCCUAAUCGGUAUCGUGGUGAUCGUCAGCUUUCCGCCACUCAUUGGCUAUGGUACGUCGAUCACGCUGUUCGGUCUUGGCUGGGGCGUACAUGCGCAAGCCACAGCGCAACACGCUCAACUUAAUGGCAACCUCUUGCAGGCCUGGUUACUGGCUUCGUUGGCGUGUCUCGUCGGCGCCACCGUCUCGUUCAGCGUGCUUCGCUUCUUGAUCAUUCAUCAUUCUAAACGCGUCGACUGGAUAAGCAACACUCUCAACGAUCCAAAGUACACCGCUCUCUCCACCGCCGUGCGCAGAAAGGGCUUGGUCAUGGCUAUCCUGAUUCGGUUCUGUCCGUUUCCGUUUGCCUACUCGAACCUGUUCUUUGCGAGCCUCGUCGAUGCGGUUUCAUUGGCGCAGUUUUUUGUGGCUACUGCGCUUAUCACGCCCAAAUUGCUGCUGCACGUCUGGCUGGGGACCCGAAUGUUUCAGCUCAUGGAUCGAGAUCAGAGGGCACAGCUGGAUGCGUGGGCAAAGGCACUGAAUGUCAUAUACAUCGGUGUGGGAUCAGCGGUAGGUGCAGCGACAGGUUGGAUCGUUUGGAACGAGACAGCAAAGGUGCUCGAGACAAUCGAGAGUGAGCGUCAGUCCCAAGAUGCUCGUUCGAACUCCGGCACUGAUUCAGCCCAGCGCACAACUACCGAACCAGCAUAUACAGAUGCUUCGGAUUCCAACAAGUCACACCCCGAUUCCGAGACGCCUUCACCGUUCAUCCUCGACUUUCAAGACCAUACAGAACACGCCAUGCUAGAACCUCACUCUGACUCCAGCCAAACGCAUCGUGCCGACCGAGACAUGCCAAGUCUUCUUCCUCGAUGA